AUGGCGCCCAGGGACGCUAUCCAGGUCAGAGUAUGGCACAACGGCGUAUGGCUCGAGUGGGACGAGCAUAUCGAGUACGACCCAUCCGGGCAGAAGCGGCGAUUGCCUUGUUCACGAAAGCGUGGUAGCCUGGGGCAUGAUUUGGGGCUCCCACUGAUUAAGGAAGCCGAGUACAGAACAAUCACCUUCCGACCCGCAGGAUGUCAGAGAGCAGACGGUGACAUCCUCCUGCCUGGUACCAACAACAGCGACGAGAACGGCAAGACCUUUCGCCUGAAGGUCGACCAGCUUGGCACCUUUUUUACUCUCUUCUACGAACCUUUCAGCAACACCAGGACCCUUGCGGCAUCGGGCCGCGCUAUCAACUGCCACGACGGAACAGUCGAGCUCCUAACCGUGGCCCUGCAGACCGGAAUUGGAACUUACGUCGUCGUCACCACCUUGAUGAAAAAGGACGAGAAGAACGUCCUACUUGAGAAGUAUCACAAACUCUUCCAGAGGCAGCUGCGACUGGAAAUCACCAAACUUACGACGCAGAGCAAUCAAGAUAUGGUCCACUCUAUUCCCCAACAACCGGAGGGCGUCAGCGGUGACUAUCUGGUCCUGAAGCACGCACGAACGCGUCUUGGAAGUGGCUCCUUCGGCACUGUUCAUCGUGGUGUCAACCAGCGCGGAUCGCAGGUCGUCGCGGUCAAGUUUCACAAUCCUGGCGUCUCUAGUUUGGAUGAAGUCCGUACUGAGUGGAAGAUCUUGAAGAGGGUACAUCACGAGCACAUCGUCGACUGUAUCGACUUCUGCAGCAAGGAAGUCGCACUCGUACUGGAGUAUUGCCCUGGAGGAGAUAUCCUGAAGCAUCAUGCGCCUGCCCAAUGGCCCGCAUCGGAUGUCUGGACCCUGGCAAAACAGAUGUGCGACGCUCUGGAUUACAUACACUCGAACUUCAACGUGGCACACUACGACAUCAAACCCGCCAACAUUUUGCUCUCCUAUUCUUCAUCCACCUCUCCCUUCAACACCAGCGCCAGUACCAGGACCAAGACUACUCCUUCCUUCAAACUUACAGACUUUGGUCUCGCAUCAGCCGCACCCACCGAUUCAGAAAUCGGCGAAUCGUCGCACACCAAAGUUGACAUCUGGAUGCUAGGCAUAACACUCGCAGAUCUUGCUUGGGACUUUUCAUACUAUUAUCAAGCGCCCAAGGAAUGCAUUCGCCAAGCCAACAUAUUACUGCGCCGGUUCGAAUCAGAUUCUGAGUGGGAAGAUGUCGCCGGGUUAUUAAAGGGCAUGUUGAGAACCAAUCCUGAGAAGCGCUGGAGCGCCGCGCAGUGCCGGAAGCAUAUUUACAAUGUUAAGAAGAAGAAGAAGAAGAAGAGGAAGGAGAUGAGUGCUACGGAAAAGACUAGGAAGAGAGUCAGAGAGGAGGAGUUCGAGAAAGGCGACUUCCAGCUUCGCGCGGAGAAGCACAAAAAGAGAUUACGCUAG